CUCAGAGAGAGGUAUACGUUCUUAAGGUUUGUAUAAUCUGAACUACAGAACGGUCAAAGAUCAGAGGGAACGCUUUAAAGCAAAGCUUCUUCGACAGUCUACUACAUCGGCGGGCGUUCCGUCGUCAAGUUCCGCAGGUGGAGAAAUGAGGCACGCGGGGACGCCAGUCCACCUUGUGGUGUUUCUCACCUGCAUUAUCCUGCAGCAUGUCUGUCGAACAGUCGGAGCAGGCGUGGAGGUGCCACUGUGUGACGGCUGGUACAACAACGCCGCGCAUCCGGACUAUGGAUCCACCGGAAUGCCGCUGUCCCGGGACCUCCCGCCUGCGUACAGUGAUGACGCGUACAGACCGUCCGGUACCGACCGCCCGAACCCCCGUUUGGUCAGCCGGGCCUUGGUCAAGCAUCUGUCCAACACUGCCAAAGACAGCGGCCGGACUGUCCUGUGUGUUUUCUUCGGUCAGCAUGUUGUGGAUGACAUUUCGGACGUUCGCGGCAUCGCCUGCCCCACAGAGUACAGCAACAUAGCCCUGCAACCUGGCGACCCGCUCUACAACUCCGCGGAGUCCGACCGUACCACAAAGAUCAUGCCCUUUCAAAGGGCUGUCUACAAAUCUGGGACGGGAACAUCUGCCAAUAAUCCUCGGCAACAGGUCAAUGCAGCAACGUCCUGGCUCGACGGCAGCGCCAUCUAUGGGGUAUCAGAGGCAUGGCAAGACAGGUUGCGUGCUUUCACCAACGGGAGCCUGCGAACAAGCCAUGGUGGGAAGCUGCCAGACAUGAAUGUCAUGGGCCUCCCCAUGCAGAACCUACCGUCUCCCAAGAACCAGAAAAUUCACAAGCCGAACAACCUUUACGCCCUUGGGAACGUGCGAGGGAACGAGAACCCGUUCCUGUUGGCGGUGAGUGCCGUGUGGACCCGCUGGCACAACCACUGGGCACACCGUCUCCACACGGACCACCCGGAAUGGACAGACGACCAGGUGUUCCAGCAGGCAAAACGAUGGGUGGUGGCCACCUACCAGAACAUCGUUUUAUAUGAAUGGCUUCCAGCUUUUAUCAACGACACCGUGGAAGAAUACUCAGGGUACAACCGGUUCGUGGACCCGGCUCCGUCUAACGUGUUCACGGCUGCAGCCAUGCGGUAUGGCCACUCCAUGGUGCCGUCAGCUGUGUUCAAACGAAACUCCUCAGGACACGCGAUGCCCAUUCGCACGUGUAACACCUAUUGGAGCGCUGAGGACGUGAUCCAGACUGAUGAGGACGUGGACGGCCUUUUGUCAGGAAUGGCUGGUCAGAUCGCAGACGGUGGGAGGAGCAUCGUGUCAGAGGACUUGCAAGGGUUCCUUUAUGGGCCUCUGACGUUCUCCCGACGAGACCUGGUGGCCAUGGACAUCCAGCGGGGGCGGGACCACGGUCUUCCCGACUACAACACGGCCUGCAGGCAGUACGGGCUCGCACCGCUGCACAACUGGACGGACAUCAAGGUCAUGAACCAGAAAAUAUCCGACGAGAUGGUGUCCGAGCUCAGCGACCUGUACGGCUCCGUGGACAAACUGGACGUGUGGGUGGGAGGGAUGUUGGCGGGAGCUGGCGCAGGCAGGCCGGGAAUGCUCUACAAGACCAUCAUGAAGCAACAGUUCUUACGUCUUCGGGAUGCUGACCGCUUCUGGUUCGAAAACACACAAACAAGUGGCUUCACCGAAGACGAGCUGAAUACUAUUCGCGGCAUCAACUUCAAAGAUAUCCUCAGUCGAGUGACAGAUGUGCCAUCCGCACAGCUUCAGGAUGACGUCUUCGUCUGGAAGAACGACGGUAACGGCUCUCCUCUUGAGGUGGACCCUUCGGACUUAGAGCCGUGCACCGGUCAGACGACUUUCAGCUACUUUGACAACGUCGACUGGGUCACGUUUGGCGUCACGGUCAUCGUCCUGUGCCUGUUUCCUCUCGGUUGCGUUUUCGUCAUCAUGGUGGCAGCCUGGAGAAACGAACUUCGGACAGAGAGGCGACUGCAGACUCCGAAGAAAAAACUAGAUCUCCCUUCUAACGCUUACCAGGCAACGGAAUGGCAGGGAAGGAGGCUUCCCACCAGACAAGUUGUGGUGACCCUGCAGAGUCCGUCCCUGAUAGAGGUCAGGGAUACAAGAGACGCCGUCUUUCGUCUAGUCAACAUCGCCAAGAUCGCCCGAGGGAUCAUCACUGUCUCCAGGGACAGGGGCUGCAAGUUCCUGUCCAUCCACAUCCCAAGGGAAUAUGAUCUGGUUCUGAAGUUCUCCAGCCACCACGAGCGGGAGACGUUCCUGGCGGACCUGAAGCAGUUCCUGACCGCCCAGCAGGUUCCCGUGGAGCUGCAGGAGGUGGAGCUGGGCCAGCUGCAGAAACAAGCUGUCACUAUAGAGGACAGACAGAAGACCCUGGAGGACUUUUUCUGCAGUGUUUUUCUACAGGCACUGAGCAGCUCCCGUGCCGUCGAUGACUGGGUGGUGCAGCCCGAGAAGUGGAAGGCCAAGAGCGCGCUGGACUGUGAGCUGACUAAGGUGGAGUUUGCUGAGGCCAUGUCCCUCCGUCCGGACUCUCAGUUUGUGGUGCAGAUGUUCAACCUUGUCGACAAGGACAAGAACGGCUACAUCUCCUUCCGGGAAUUCUUAGAUCUGGUCGUCAUCUUCUCCAAGGGAACCAUGGAAGACAAGCUCCGCGUCAUGUUCGACAUGUACGACCAGACCGGGAAUGGCUAUCUGAGCAGGAAGGAACUAACGAACAUGCUGGGAUCCUUGAUGGAGCUGGUGAGUAACAACACCACAGGUCGGAUAGAAGACUUGGUGGAGUCGAUGUUCGCGGAGGCGGGAAUGGAAGGCGAGCAGGACAUGAGCUUCGACAAGUUCGUGUCGAUGAUGCAGGAUCACAAGGAGGAGCUGAACCAGGCACGGCUCAACAUAGCGGGAAGUGACUGGACGACUCUUCGUCCCACCCGAACCAGCGUUCCAAAGGAAAGUGGAAGGCGGCGAAGUUCCUCCAUGCUUCCGAAAGGACCCUGGCGGCUGAGGAGGGCUAGUGCACCCGUGGUGUCCAGUGGCGACGUAGUCUCUGCCACCCGACGGAAGACGUCUCCAAAGCUGGAGCCCAUCCCCUCUGUACCUUGUGCUGCCAACACGACAGAUAGUGACAACGUCUUUACCAGUGACGCCGUGACUGCUCCCAACGGCAAGCGCAGGUCGACCGGCCGUUCGUCCUCAGACAUCAAGGUACAGCUUCUGAGAGAGACAUACCCCGCCAGCGCCUACCAGAGGAAGAUGCAGGCCUUCAAACGAUGGGUGGAGAACAAGAGGCUGCAGCUCCUCUACCUCAUCUUCUACUUCGCCAUCACAUUCGCCUUGUUCGUAGAGAGAGCGUACCAUUACGCGGUUGAAGCGGAGGACUUCGGGAUCCGCCAGCUGACCCAGUACGGCAUCAUCGCGAGCCGAGGCGCGGCCGCCUCCAUGUCCUUCUCCUUCAGUCUGCUAUUGCUCACCAUGUGCAGGAACAGUCUCACCAAACUACGCGAGACUUUCCUCAACAGGUACAUCCCCUUUGACUAUGCCGUGGACUUCCAUAAGAUCGUUGCCAUCACGGCGCUUGUAUUCACCAUUAUCCAUACCCUUGGUCACCUGGUCAACGUGUAUCACUUUGCCGUGCAUCCCCUCAACCACCUGGUCUGUCUCUUCCCGUCUCUCAGGACGCUCGAUAAUGGAUCUGACCAACCACCGAAGUGGUACUGGUGGGCAUUUCAGACAAUGGCAGGUGUGACCGGCGUUCUGUUGCUACUCGUGGUGUCUAUCAUCUACGUGUUCGCCACGGGGUACGCCCGCAGGAGGGCCUUCAGCGCCUUUUGGGCCACUCACCAGCUGUACAUCGUCAUGUUCAUUCUCACCGUCCUGCACGGCAGCGGUCGGCUUAUCCAGAACCCGAGCUUCCACCUGUACCUGAUUGGCCCGGCCAUCAUCUUUACUCUAGACAAGUUGGUGAGCAUCAGUCACAGGCGGCAGCUGGUAGACAUCGUCAAGACGGAACUCUUGCCUUCAGAUGUGACCAACAUCCAGUUCAAACGUCCAGACGAUUUUGAGUACAAGUCCGGUCAGUGGGUGCGCAUAGCCUGUCCGGAACAAGGUCCGAACGAGUACCAUCCCAUGACGCUGACCUCCGCCCCGCACGAGAACACCCUGAGUGUCCAUGUGCGAGCGGUCGGACCCUGGACUGCCCAGCUGCGCCGGACAUACGACCCGGAAGACUUCUCUAACGGGACCCAAAAGCUCUUCCUGGACGGGCCGUUCGGAGAGGGUCACCAGGACUGGUACAAGUACAAGAUCGCCGUGUUGGUGGGCGGAGGGAUAGGCAUCACGCCCUUCGCCUCCAUUCUGAAAGACGUGGCCUACCUGUCUUCAACUGGCGCCAACAUGAAUUGCAAGAAGGUGUACUUCCUGUGGGUGACGCGGACCCAGCGCCAUUUUGAGUGGUUCAUCGACAUCAUCCGUGAGGUGGAGGAGCAGGACCGGCGCGGGCUGGUGGCCGUGCACAUCUUCAUCACACAGUUCUUCGAGAAGUUCGAUGUACGAACAACUAUGCUGUACAUCUACGAGCGUCACUUCCAGCGGCUGUCAGGACGGAGCCUGUUUACCGGCCUGCGGGCCACCACUCACUUCGGCCGGCCGGAGUUCGUCAGCCUGCUGGACUCCAUCCAGCACCAGAACCCGGAGGUAAAAAAGAUCGGCGUUUUCAGCUGUGGUCCUCCUGGAAUGACCAGGAAUGUCGAAGACGCAUGCGCACAACUGAACAAGAAAGACCUGGCACACUAUGUCUCCUACUACGAGAAUUUCUGAUCUACUUUUCACCGUCUGAGAGCUUAAAGUGCUUUCUCAUGUCGGCUAUGUUUGUCGUCAGUUUCUGCGUUUUGCGCUAAACCGAACGUAGGGAAACUGGUGUAUCCCUACACCAUUGGCGCUUGUUUGCUUUGCAGAUUUUAAAAGAGGUUGUUUUUGUGUGCCUUGUGUGUGUUUAGGGUACAAGGCGUAUACAAAACUGUAGUGUCAUUUGCAAAGAAAAUGUAACAGCACAGUCGAGUCGUGUGCUGGAACGACUAUUAUAUAGUACUUCAAGCUAAAAACAUUGCGUGACAAACAUUUGUAAAUGCACUCUUGGCUGAACUAAUGCGUUGUUUAUAAGACCAAUAUUAUUUUGUGAAUGGACAAGAAUCCAAUUUUAAACUUAACGCUUUAAUUAGUUGGUUGUUUAGUAGUCUUUAUUUAGCAAACAAUUCUCAUGUGUCUACAUACCGUAUUACCAACGUCCCAUCAUGGGUAAUGCAGAGAUAUUGUGUGUGCGUGAAAAAAACAAUUCAUUGACAGGAAAUUGUUGAUUUCUUGUGUGUGAUAACAAUGAAAAAUGUAAAAAGAACAUUAGAAUUGAGUAUAUACGUGGUUCCUUUGAACACGAUGACCGUCUGGAAAUGUUCAUCUCUGAAUAUCUCAAUUGUAUUGAUUUUUAGUAUGUUAUCAUAUUGCAUUUUCCAGUCCUGUAAUAUAUUUUGUCUUUGUUAAUAAUUAACUGAUCAUGUUUAUCUUGCAGUCCAUUGAUCUGUAUUAGACUUUUUUUAUAGCUUUGUUCCGUUAAUUCACCUGAUUGAUAUUAUCAUAAUAUAGUGUUGAUUAAUUGUUAGGUUUGAAGGAGGAGGACUUAGCAUGCACAAGCCUUUUAAGCUUUUGGUCUCCUUCUGCAUUUUAGAAAGUACAUCUCUUCACGUCUCUGUUUAUGCUUCCGUUGUGCGUAUAGAUAAAUAAAUGAAAUG